AUGGCCUCCUCAGGAGUCUACAGGAUGGAUGAUGGGAAACCUUACCUGAACAACUGCUUUCCUGCCAAGAACCUGCUUCGGAUGCCUGAGGAAGGUCGAGGACACUGGUUAAUCUCUCGGAAAUCUAAUGUCAAGAAGAACUCCAAGGAUAUGAAUGAAGAGCCAGCUGCAGAUCAGGAAAGCCAGAAGAAGAGUAUUUCAGAUGUCCGGGGAAAGAGAGGGUCUCGGCAGGAAAACCAGUCGGCUCUUCCUGGACGCAUUCUGGACCGGUCUUUUCUGCUGAAGCACCACUGUGUGAAGAAGCCAUCAGACCUGUGCACCAUUAAUGCUAAGGACAGGGACUUCAAGCAUUUCCAUUCGGUUAUUUACAUCAAUGCCUCGGAAAACCUGCUGCCUCUAGAGGCAUUUCACACGUUUCCAGCCCUAAAGGAAUUGGAGCUCGCAUUUAAUGGCAUCAGAACAGUCUAUGUGAAAUAUGGAGACUUCCGAUGCUUGGAAUUCCUGGACCUUUCCUUCAACAGCCUGACUGGGGAGGCCAUCUGUGACCUGGGGAUUCUGCCCCAUCUCCGGGUCCUUCUCCUCACAGGAAAUGGACUCACCUCCCUUCCUCCCAAUCUGGCUGUCUCAGAGCAGGAGGCAUCUGAAACAACACUGACCAGCAAGAGGUACAUCUUGAGGUUCCCAGCUCUGGAGACACUGAUGUUGGAUGACAACAAACUCUCCAACCCCAAUUGCUUUGCCAGUCUGGCUGGACUCAGGAGACUGAAGAAGUUAAGCCUGGAUCAGAACAGGAUUUUCCGGGUCCCGUACCUACAGCAGGUGCACCUACGUGAUGGCUCAGGGGACUGGGUUGGAGACAGGGGGAGUCCCCGGAAAGAGCACCACCAGUCCACGCUGCAGCCCAAGCUGUGGGUGUAUGAGGCCUCCGAUGAGCAACCGGACUAUACUGUACUGCCCAUGAAAAAGGAUGUGGACCGGACAGAGGUUGUGUUCUCAUCUUACCCUGGAUUUUCAACCUCACAGCCAGCCAAAAUAUGUGUACUUCCUCCCAUAUUUGAGAUUCUUCCUGUGAAUUCACUAAAGGCCCGGAACCAGACGCUAGCUCCACCCUUCCCAGAGCUGAGGUGCCUUAGCCUGACCUACAACAAGAUCGUGAAGGAGGAUGCUUUGCUGCCAGUUGCCCUCUUCCCAUCUCUCUGCGAGCUCAUCUUUCAUAACAACCCUUUGGUGACCCAUACACGAGGGGUUCCACCAUUGCUAAAGAGUUUCCUCCAGGAGCGACUGGGGAUCCACUUAAUUCGAAGGAAGAUGGUAAAGGCUAAGCAUCCACAUAUUUUGAUGUCUCGCAAGGACUCGCGGAAGGUGAAAACCCAAAUCCCAAAGGUGCCGAAACAGCCCUUGAUGCUCCAGUACCCAAGUGUAAUAACCGCUGUCGAGUCUCUGAAAAGGGAUGUGCCAGAGGCAAGGGCAGAGCUCACCGAAGAGCUGCUCACUGACAAAAGCACUUCUGUGGAUGCAGAGAUGCCCAUGGAGGGCUCCGAGGGCCUUUCCACAGCCCACCAGACCUUUGUGCCACUGCCUGCCAUCCGCUCCGACUCUACCGUGCAUAGUGAAGAGAGCACGUCCCACCUGAGUGAUGUAGCUGACCACGGCAGCCCAGAGCACCUGUCAGAUGAGGACACCAAGAGCAUCGAGUCCAUCUUCUUGACCCAGGUGAGUGGGCUACCUACCUCCAUCCAGGAUGACUCAGCGGUGAAGGAGGAAGGUCAAAGACGACCAUCAACAGCACCUAAAGAGGUGAAGAGGACUCGGAGGAAGCUCCCAUCUGCCUCCCUCCCCAGAAAGUACAACGGCUAUGAGGACCUACUGACAGUCCAGCCCGAUUCAGACUUCAUUGAACCAAAGGGGAUCCAGAAGAAUGCCCAGGCCCUACAGCACAUACUGAAGCACCCGCUCCUCUGCCGCCCCUCCAAGCCCAAAAUGAACACUUACCAGAAGCCCUUCACCCCCAAGAAGCAGGCCCAGAGGAUCCCUAUUCCACCCCCACGGAAGACUCGAGCCCAGCUGCUGGAUGACAUCCUGAUUCGCAUGCGGGACCCCCGGAAUGUCACCGAGGCUCCACUAGGUGCCAUCCUGUGUGGGCGGGCGGAGCAGCGGCUGGUGAACCAGAAGCAGUACCUGGAAGCCAAGCGGCUGUUGAAAGAGUUCCGGGCCCGCUACCGGCAGCUGGUGCGCAACUCUAUGCGAACAGUGUUUGGGCAGCCCCCACCGCCUCUGCAGCGUCCUGCACUGGGCGAGAGCCAGCCCAAGUUUGGCCGCUUUCUCGAGUUCAUGGAUGAGUUCUGCCAGGACUCCCCCGGCCAGUGA